CAACAUGACGCUAUAAGCGAUACCCAUGGAUGUUGUGCUGGAAAAUAGUUUCUGUAUUGACUGAUAACAUGGAUGUACCCUGAUUGACCAAAUCAAAUGACGAAAAUGUCGUGCAACUGGCUGACAGAGGAAUACUUUUCGCAUUUGAUCGGUGGUGAUAAGAAAUCACAUUCGGCACUGGAAAUGCUGGUAGAUGAUCUGCACACUUCUAAAGAAAGUACAAUAGGUCGUUUCCUCUGUCACUCCGGAUCUGAAGACUUCCUAUGGGGUUUGGUGAGACUCUUAGGAAGUGACAUCCCCAGAGUUGCAGGGAAUUCAGCCUACAUAAUUGGCACCCUAGCAGAGUCUGACAUAGGAUGUUUCCGAGUCCUGGCCCUGGCCAAGGGCCGAAAAUCUAACAGUGGUCGAAUACUGAAGGACCUGACCCGCAUGUUGACCUUCGAUGACCCCGAGAGUGUGAUGAAUGCUGCAGGCACUAUGGGGACGCUGGCUGAAAGUAACGAGGGUCGUAACUGGAUUCUGAGUUCUGAUUGUGUGGAUGCCAUGUUGGACAAUGUGACGGCAUUGCUCCACACGGACAACCUGUGGACGGCCAGCAAUGCAGCUCUAGUCAUCGCCAGAUUGUGUAUAUCUGAAGAUGGCUGCAGCAAAAUACUCAACAACCCAAACUACCACCACAUCCUGUCCAAGCUGGUUCUCUCCCUUGGAGUUGAUGAAGCAGGGAGGGGGAUGAAUGCUGCGUUUGCUAUUGGUCGACUGUGUGACAUGGAUGUUGGAAGGAAACGACUGCUCUCGUUACACGAGUCAGAGAAAAUGAUUUCAUCUUUAGCAAAAAUGUUGAGCUGCGAGGACACAGGAGCCAGUAAAAAUGCAUGUUUUGCCUUGAGUUGCCUAGCAACUAACUCUGAGGGUCAUUCUCGUCUCUUGAACAAUGCCUACGUGGAUGAGGUGCUGCGGACGUUGUCGGAGCUGCUGAGUGCUGAGGACAGUGAGACGGGCUGGUUCGCUGCAAUGACUCUAAGAACCCUAGCCAGUCAACCAAAAGGGUGCUUAAAACUACGAGAAAACCACACAGUUCACCUGGCCCUGAAGGCAAUGGAGGUGAGGGAGGACAUGAAUCCUGAUCUGAGAGAGGAGGUCAUCAUCACGCUGGAGAUCCUGAAACGUCUGGAGAAGCCGGCACCGCCUCACGUACAAGUUACGGGUCCCUACUCACUACGUGCCAGCUGGGACAAGAUCACAACCAAGAGCGGCUUUGAUGUCCGCUACCAGCUGUUUGAAGGUGGGCGUUGCGUGUAUAACGGGCGUGAGUGCAGCUGCGAGGUGAACGACCUGUCCCCGUACACCCAGUACAGUCUGCGAAUGCGAGCCUGCACUGAGGGGGAUGAGAGCCAGUACACUGACACAGUUCAGGUUACUACUGAGGAGGCAGAGCCGUCUGCUCCGGUAGACCUGAAGAUCCUUGGGUCCACCAUUACACAGCUGAAGGUGGGCUGGGAUCCCCCAGAACACCCUAAUGGGGUCUUAAAGGGAUACAAUGUGUUUUAUGGUAGGAAUAUAGUUGACCACACAGCAGACGUCUCUAUCAUCCUGACAAGCCUCACAGCAAACACAUCGUAUGAAGUCCAGGUUUACGCAGCGACAAGUAAAGGCAAAGGUGAAAGGUCAUCUGUCAUUGGCACCACGGCCGAGCUAGGUGCCCAUGCCCCGUCCCGACCUCAAGUCCAUGUGUUGGGUCGCAAUGAGGUCAACUUGACCUGGGGUCCACCGGAGGUUCCUCUUGGCAGAAUCACCCGCUAUGACGUCAUCAUGAACGGCAAGACAGUGUACUCAGGAACUGAUCUCUGCUACAAUGCCCGCAGGUUGACACCCGAUACAGAGUACACGUUUGUGGUGGUGGCACUUACAAAUGAAGGGAAGUUUGAGAGUAAGGCCACGAAGAAACGGACGUCCAAGGAUGAAUACGAUACAAAUCGACCUCCGUUAUAUCAGCCCCCAAAACGAGAAUCUGUUACUGAAGAGAUGAUUCCGAAAGUGAUUCCACUACAGAAGAAGAGAAAGUCUCUGACGGAGGGGAAACCUGUGCGGGUGCCGAGCGCCAAGAAUCGGUCAAAGACCCCAACAAACACGGAAAAUAUUCCCCCGAGACCAAGUUCAGCAGGCAGCUUGUCGCCGCGUCGUGGCAGCCAGGUGUUGUCCGACUCGUCCAGCCAGGCAGAAGACUCACAGAUCACACCUGUCCAAAGAGCAGUACCAGUACCGAAACCUGUACCAGCCGAGCCAAAGAAGGAGGCAAGGCCUUCAUCGCUAAGGAAAGACCGGACUUCCAGAAUCUCAUCUACAUCCUCCACCACAGCUAGGGACUCCUCCCAUCGAGCAAUCAAAGUUGAUAAAUCACCGACAGUGCCUAAAACAAUGUUCCCCGUGGCUAUAAGUUACGUUUCCAUUCACGGAGGGGAUGACUUCGAUAUGACCUUUGACCCAAGUAGGUCACCGGAGUUCUAUAUUAAGAAACGUGGUGGUCCAGCGGAAGGUUCCAGUUUGAAAUUAGAACGAUCUCGAACAUCGUACAUUGGACCUAAACACCCAAGCAAACAUAAAGGAUUAUUAACUGACCUUGACCUCUCUGAAGAGCCCCUGGAUGUUACAAAUAGUGGUUCAAAAGCAUUGGGUGUUGACCGCGGAGGGAAAUCGUCACUGCCGAAGCCUUCAGUGCCAAGUCAGCAGUAUUUGGAAGGUGGGAGAUCGGUGACGUUCUGUGGAGAAAAUAAUCGAGGAUCCAAGUCAAUACAAAGUCCACGCGGAGGCUACGAUGCAUCACGGGAAGUGAUAGACAUGGACCAGUUGGAUCAGGAGUUUCAGAAAUCAAAGAGACCAGCAAGCCACCACUCUGCGUACAGUAGCGCAGGGUCGGUGCUGCCCUCUAGUGGCUAUACAGUCGCACCAUACUUUAUAGAAUCACAUCACGAGUUCUUACAGAGGACUAACACCUUUAUUAGCAGCCACAGGCCUGGUUUGAAGAAAACGUUAGAUCGCCUUCCAAACAAAAUGAGUUUUCCCAUCAACGUUGCCAUGGCCACAGGACCUGUGACAUUUUCUCCUGAGAUUCCUGAGAACAAAGUUGCGAAAUCUCACAACAAAUUUGUCCCGAUGCAACUGCGGACUCAGCCAGGGAAUCUGCCUCCUGCUCAGCUCCAACGAGUCAGCACUGCGCUGGCCGAACCCAGAGUGAUUGGAGGAUUUCCUGCCCGUCGCCUAGAAUCUCUCCCUCGUAGCCACACCCAAGUUGCUGCAGAAACCAAGGGUCCUCAUUCAUCUGUGAAGCGAGGAAAGAAUCAUGGGACAGGUGGCGCCAGUGAUGUUGACGCUGCUGGAGUGUCUGGUCACCAUAGCAACACCAAAGAAAAGUUAUCCAGGUCAAAAGGCUCCUCCCACCGCCGACUGAACCAAUCAGGACAUAUCCGUGAACCUGACUCUGUCUUACUCAGCCAGUCAUGGACCUUUAAAGCUCAGGAAGAAGCUCUUCAAGGAGCGAGAUAGCAUACACUUAACUCUUUAACACACCAAUGUCGUCUACCAUUUAAUAAAGUCACGUUAUCGGAGUGAACAUUUUGAAGUCAUAGUAUGCCUGCACUAGAACCUUCACUGCUAUAUUUCACUACGAUUGUUUAGUUCUGUAUUAUGAUUCGGUACGGAGUAAUGUCCCUUGUUCACCAAAAUUUGUGAUGUGGUGCACAGUUGUAGGGUUUUUACAUAUACGUAACGAGAUCAUCAAAAUAUGACGGCAGACACUGGUGUCACCUGGUGUCAGUAAUUGUCAGUAAUCAUGCCCUCGAUAUCGUUAUGAUGCGAGCCGUCAAAUAUAACAGUGAGUGAGUGAGUUGGGUUUAAAGCCGCUUUUAGG